CCCCCUCCUGCCCCUGCCACAAACCUCAAUAAACGGGGAUAUCUGCUGUCAAAAGAAGGUGCCGGGUACUCUGAGAUGCAAGACGUGACCUUGGAAAACUGGCAAGAAAUGGCUAUGUCGAGAUCAGUGUCAGAUUCUUCGCCCAGGUCAUUACACCAGAGAAAACUUACCCAGUUAAACGACCUGAAGGAUCUUCAAAUGUUCCCUGAAGGCUCAAAUGUUGGACCCGGUUUGCCCCCCAACACACCAGCUAAGCUAGAAAACCUCGCUCCUUCUUUAGAAGGAAUGAGUAAGGGGUUAGAGGCAUCCGGGAUAAAGUCCACUGCAAAUCCCUCGAAAGAAUUACAAAUCCAGACACAUCUUAGCAAAGAACUAACAGACAGAAGCUCCAAACAGCAGGCAAGCAGUCCAACGAGGAAAACUACGUCGAACAUCCACAACAGCCCAGUCUUGCCAAUUGAAGAACAAACUACAUCUUUCAAUUCAAACGAAUCUUUUCUAGAUUAUAGUGCCAAGGAUGAGAGUGAAUCUCUUCUAAAAGAUCAGCCGAAGGAAAACAAUAUUAGAAUGUCCUUCUCGCCAUGGGGCAAGCUGUUAAAUAUGUACAGCAAAAUGAAAAAGUCUCCUGUUCCCAAACUAUACAGCACGGAGAACGCUCAAGAGGUGCUGAAGGAUGAUGGUCAACGCAUUCGACUGAUAGUAUACAGAUAUAAUGAGAAAAAUCCCAUGGUUUUCAGUCACUUUAGAACAACUGAUUCCGUAGGUUUCGUUGAAAUGGAAAUCAAGAAAAUGCUUGAUGUUCACCAUGAUGUCCGGUUGUGGAAGAAAGGUUUGAAUGACGAGACCAGUCUACUGCACCGGUCGGAUUCAACACUGAAAGAUGCUGGAAUCAUUCACGAGCAGGUUCUACUUCUUGAGGAGAAAACUAUACACGGAAGCAAAUCUUGGCAUUAGGAUGGAAAUUCUAAUUGAGAAAAUGAAAUAAAAAAGAUAAAAAUUAUUCCAAUAGUAAAAGAAGACAGAGCGUACCGAAGAAAUAUCACGUUAAUUUAAACAGACUAUAAUCCAAAUUUCAGCCUCAGUGGCCCAAUUUGGGUCGAAUGUCCAUUUUAUAUCCUUUCCACCUCAACCAAUUAAAACUAAAAUCAGGCAGAGUGUAAAAUGGAUGGCCAAACCAAACCAGCCCAUUCUCUCCACAUUAUAAUGGAAAUCAGGGUUUGUGUCUCCGAAUGUUUUUCAAUCCAGUCAAAUGUAUUACCAUUCCAAGUAUUCUCGUGGAUCCACUUUCUCAGGGUUACAAUUCUGCCUCAAAAUCAUCUCUUCCAAAAUGUUCAAAGUCAGUCACUGAUAUGACUUGGUGGCCCUCACGUUCACAAGACGGACAGGAUCUUCCUUUGAAGAAUGCAUUGGUUUUAUGGAAGGAAGAUGGAUUGUGGUGAAACAUAUAUCUCCUUUGCACUUGCCACUCCUGGCAAAAUAGACUGUGCAAAAGGUUGAUCGUAUUUUUGCUGGGUACUGGAUUCAGGACUUGUAUGCACAUUCAUGGUUUGAAUAUGACCUUCUGUGGACUAGUAAAGUAAUUGCAAUUUAGCAUUUAGCACGAUUUGAUGCUUAUGGAAUCCAAAAAUAAAUGGCUGUGCCAAGUAGAUGAAUCCUACUGUGUUUUUAUGAAGUCCACAUUUAAAAGUACAUAGAGAUAAAAUUCUGUAAUAGAUUGAAGCAAAUGUUUGCAGUUGUUUUAAAACUUGAACCUGACUACAAUUUAUCACCAAGAACUUCUUGGCUUGAAUUCUGGAAAUUCUUUGUAAUUUUCCCUUUUUAUAUGCACCACACACUGACAUAUUUCUCUGCAACCGCCGAGCGAGGGGAGGCUGCUGAGAACUUAGCGUGCUGCUGAAAGCGAGGAGAGACCCGCACUGCAAAGAGCAUGGGUGGUCUAGGAGGUCCCCUGCUGUCGGGAUCAAGCGUGGACCUGCGCUGCCAGGAGCAUGGAGGACCGUGGA